AGUAUUAGAAUGUUUUGAUUGGGAAUUUAUUAAUUGGUUUUUUAAUUAUCAAUUUCAUACCAGAUCUUCUUUCAGAGUACUGGUCUGACACUCUUCACUUCACAAAAAACUCUAAUUAUUUAAAUAAUUAUGAAAGAUUUAGUUAUAAUUGCGCAUUCAGAAUAACAGAAGUAAGAAAUAUAUUCAGUAUGUUCCGGAAAAUAUCACUUGGUUCAAAAAGCUUUUGGAUUCGAUAUUGUUGCAAUGAUACAAGAGUAAGAUUCGCACCAAGUCCAACAGGAUAUUUACACUUGGGUGGAUUACGCACUGCUCUUUAUAACUUUUUAUUUUCUAAAUCCAAGAAUGGCACCUUCAUUUUACGCAUUGAAGAUACUGAUCAAACGAGAUUAGUUAAAGGUGCUACUGAACAAUUGAUAAAGGAUAUAUCUUGGGCAGGAAUCCAAAUACACGAAGGACCCCAUAUUGGAGGAAAUUAUGGACCUUACAUACAAUCUGAGAGAUUAGAUUUGUAUGGUCAACAAGUGGAUACAUUAUUGAAAAAUGGUACUGCAUACUAUUGUUUCUGUACAGAAAGAAGACUGGAUCUAUUGAGAAGGGAAGCUGUAAAAAAUAGAGAAGUCCCAAAAUAUGAUAACAAAUGCAGACAUUUAACCCAUGAUCAGAUAUCAAAAAAUUUAGCAGAAGGAAAUAAAUAUUGUAUCAGAUUUAAGCUGUCUUCAGAUGUGUCAUCUUAUGAUGAUUUGGUUUAUGGUAAAAUAACCUACGAUGUUUCUCUCAAUGAAGGAGAUCCAGUCAUUAUUAAAUCUGACGGAUACCCUACUUAUCAUUUUGCGAAUGUGGUUGAUGAUCAUUUCAUGAAAAUAAGUCAUGUUCUUAGAGGACUUGAGUGGCAAAUUUCAACUACUAAACACAUACAGAUGUAUAGAGCAUUUGGAUGGGAGCCUCCAAAAUUUGGCCACCUUCCCCUUUUGUUGAAUUCUGAUGGUACCAAGCUGAGUAAAAGACAGAACGAUAUAAAAAUAUCUCAUUUUAGAGAAAAUGGAAUAUUUCCUUUAGCUUUAUUGAACUAUGUUGUUGAUGCUGGUGGAGGCUUUGAAAAAGAUCUUCUACAAAAUGUUAAAUUGAGGAUUUAUACAGCAGACGAGUUGGCUAGUCAAUUUGAUGUAACAAAGCUAAGUACACACUCUGGAAGACUUAUGACUGAGAAAUUACUGGGAUUCAAUCAGGCCGAAUUGAAAAGAUUGCUUGCAAACGAAUAUGAGGAAAAGGAAUUAUUGAAAGAAAUGCAGUCGCUGUUGAAGAAACACUUUGAAAAAUUACAUUUCAAUGCAGACUUACAAUUGGAAGAGAAACACAUACGUUCAGUAUUGCAUUGGUCGUCGAAUCGAAUCAAGAAAUUGUCAGAUUUAUUAACCAAUGAUAUGGCAUUUCUAUGGACGCUGCCGAAAUCCGUUACGCUGAAACAAAAUGACAUCGAUGUCACGGAAGAAUUGCUCAGGAAAUUAGAACAUAAGGGUGAUUUUGAGAGAGAAGAGUUAUCGAAGUUUUUGAAGGAUUUUGCCAACAAACAGAACAUCAAAUACAACAUGUUUAUGAAAACUUUGAGGUCUAUACUGAGCGGUUUGAAGGAGGGACCCAGUAUAGCAGAAAUGAUGGAAAUUUUGGGGAAAGAUUCUACUCUUAAGAGAUUGAGAACGAGUUUGAACAUGGCAAAGGACGCAGUAUCUUCUUAGAUUUUCAUGUGAAAACAAUUAGGAAUUUUAUUUAAUUGUGAUAUUAAAAGCUGCAACAAUUAAAUAUUUCGAUUGAA